AUGGUUUCCUCAACGGCCCAGAUCUUGUAUCUAAAUUUGCUGCAUCAAUGGCCCUCAAACACCCACAAAAUAUCGAUUAUUCUGUUCAACUAUUGGACCAAUAUCAAUUCUGCUGCACAGUUAGUGGAUAAGAAUUUUGUUUUGGCUGUACAUGGGACUGCUUUGAAAUACGCCUUGGAUCAAUACCCACAUGUUCAAAGCGGGUUGAGUAAUUUGUACGCUGAAAUGGGAUCUCUUAGGGACUUAAAAGAUAUGUUUUUUAGCAUCCACAACCCAGAUUUGGUAACUCAGACAACAAUGGUGGUCGCCUGUUCAAAGUUAGGAGAUAUCAAAUUCACACGCCAACCGUUUGAAAUAAUGCUCGACCGAGAUGUGAUUGCCUGGAACGCAAUGAAAGCAGGGUACGUGCGUUUCGGGGAGCCUUUAAACGGACUCGAACUGUUUAACGCAAUGGAAAUGAAAGAAAAGAACGUUUACACAUGGAGUGGUGCCGUGGGAGGACUAGCGAUGCAUGGUUAUGGUAAAGAGUAUCUUGACAUUUUUUCCGUUAUGCAACAAGAAAACAUCGCACCAAAGGAGGACACUUUCCUUUCAAUCUUAAAGGCUUGUAGUGUAGCGGGUCUUGUUGAAGAUGGUUGGAAGCAUUCUGAAUCUAUGACCAAAGAGUAG